UUUUGGAAAAAUCCUGGUGCAACGGGUUCGAUACAAGAAUCAGUACGCUACCAAAAUAGAGAUGAGACACGGGACCCAUAUACCAUGGAUGAGAGCUAUGACAUUGUAGAUUCGGCCAGCAUACAGCGUGGUGGACAGCCACCAAAGAAUUGCACCGCCGGCUAUGCGGGCUGCGUGCCCAAAUGUAUUGCGGAGAAAGGUAAUCGCGGUCUGCCUGGACCUGAAGGUCCAACUGGACUUAAGGGAGUGAUGGGCUAUUCUGGCCAGGAUGGUCCACCCGGUGAUAAGGGACAAAAGGGCGAUCCGGGUCCAUAUGGCGCACGUGGUGAUAAAGGUGAGCGUGGCACACGUGGCAUACCCGGUCUUCCUGGUGUAAGUGGCAUACAAGGACCUGCUGGCAAUCCUGGUUUCCCUGGCACACCCGGAAAAGAUGGCUGCGAUGGUACUGAUGGUAUGCCCGGCUUACAAGGCCUUUCGGGUCUGGCUGGUCCACGCGGCUAUCCCGGAGGACCUGGUGGCAAAGGUGAGAAGGGUGAACCCGCCAAGGAGAAUGGCGACUAUGCCAAGGGUGAGAAGGGAGAGCCUGGAUUUGGAGGACGCUCCGGCUACCCCGGACCUGAUGGAGUACGCGGUGACAAGGGUGAGCGUGGUGAGACUGGCCCAUAUGGUCCACCAGGACCUCGUGGUGAUCGUGGUAUCAAGGGUGAGAAAGGAGCAUCUUGCUUUGCCAUCGCUAUGCCCGGCCAAAAGGGCGGGAAAGGUGAGAAGGGUGAGCCUGCACCAAAGCUUCCCGCCAUCGGUAAGCCCACAUCUUUUAUGGGCGGUAAGGGUGAUGUUGGCCAGCCAGGUGAGCCUGGAGAUCAAGGAGAAAAGGGUGGCCUAGGACCGUCUGGUGAGCCGGGCCAUGAUGGACAAAAGGGCGAAAAGGGUUUGCCUGGCGGCGCUGGCGAUCGCGGUCGUCAAGGUAACUUUGGACCUCCAGGACCUUCCGGCCAAAAGGGUGACCGUGGUGAGACUGGAUUGAAUGGUCUGCCCGGACAGCCCGGCAUGAAGGGUGAGCCAGGACGUUUCGGUGAUGCUGGUGAACGCGGUUUAGUUGGACCUCCUGGCCCACCUGGUGGCGGACGUGGACAGCCCGGUGCCCCUGGACCCAAAGGACCUCGUGGCUAUACAGGACGACCAGGACCUCAAGGCUUAAGUGGUGUCGAUGGGCAGCCCGGACCUGUGGGAAUCAUUGGUCUCAAGGGAGGUCCUGGUCUUGCCGGUCAGCCCGGACGUGAGGGUCCUGCUGGACCCAAGGGUGAAAAGGGUAAUGCUGGACGCACGGGCUCACAGGGACCUAUUGGACCCAUUGGAUACAAUGGACCACCAGGACACGAAGGACAAAAGGGUGAAGCCGGUUUGCCAGGUUACGGCAUACAAGGACCCAAAGGAGAUGACGGCUUGAAUGGUAUUAAUGGCAUGAAGGGCGCUAAGGGUGAGCGCGGCUACAAGGGCAAUGUGGGUGUACCUGGUGAUUCUAAACUGGGCCGUCCCGGCACUCCUGGCCAAGCUGGCAUACCCGGACCUCAAGGUGAUGCUGGACGUCCUGGCACUCCUGGUGAUAAGGGUGACAUGGGACCGAAGGGUGAUGCUGGUGGUAAAUGCUCCUUAUGCCCACCUGGUCUUAAGGGUGAUAAGGGUGAUCACGGUUUGAAUGGCAUUCCUGGCAAUCCUGGUGCUAUUGGUCCACAAGGUGAGCGCGGUUUUCCUGGCGAACGCGGUGAUGAUGGCAUCAAUGGUCCAAUGGGACCUCCUGGUGAGAAGGGCUUAGAUGGUCUACCCGGUGUGCCCGGUGCCGAAGGCCAAGCCGGUCAAAACGCGUUUGUCGACUGGAGUCGCAUUGAACCGAUUAAAGGCGAUAAAGGCAUGCCCGGCUUUCCGGGUGCUGCAGGUCUUAAGGGUGAGCGCGGCGAAAGCGGCAUUUCCGGCGCUCCAGGACUUAAGGGAGAUAUGGGCUUAAAGGGCGACAGAGGCUAUCCAGGUCCACCUGGCUUGGAUGGCACUGAUGGCAGUCCUGGACGUGCAGGCGCUGAUGGCUUCCCUGGGCAGAGCAUCAAAGGAGAGCCCGGUCGUCCCGGCUACGAUGGAUUGAAGGGCGACAAGGGCAGCGCUGGCUUUGUCGGAAUUAAGGGUGAGCCCGGUACUUGUGCAGCUAGUGAACUGAAGAUCCCACCCAAGGGCAACAAGGGAGAUCGCGGCAGCACUGGCAUGCCUGGUCCCAAUGGACCAACAGGCGUAACAGGGGAUAUUGGACAAAAGGGAGAAAAAGGUGACAUGGGUCCCCAAGGACCUCCCGGCAUAGUGGGACCACGCGGUAUUACGGGUCCUCGCGGUGAGAAGGGUAAUUCUGGACAAUUUGGCGCCCCUGGCAAUGACGGUAAGGAUGGAGCGCGCGGUCCUCCCGGCCGCUAUGGUGAUCGUGGCCAGAAGGGCGAACAAGGCAUUACGGUUGCUGGACCCCCCGGACCUCAAGGACGCGAUGGCAUGACUGGCGAGAAGGGUGAUCAUGGACCUGUUGGAGCGCCCGGCGCACUCGGUCCUGACGGUAAUCCUGGCUACCCUGGCGAUAAGGGUGACUCCGGAUUCCCAGGUCAGCCCGGUUCAACAGGAGAUUUAGGACAAAAGGGUGAGCCCGGUCCAGUUGGCCCUAUGGGUAUGUCUGGACCUCCUGGAACGCCUGGCAUCGACGGUGUACAAGGACGUGAUGGAGCCAAGGGUGAGCCUGGCAGCCCCGGUCUUGUGGGCAUGCCUGGCAACAAAGGUGAUCGCGGCGCUCCUGGCAUUGACGGACCUAAAGGCUUUACUGGUCCAGCUGGUGCCCCUGGCAAGCGCGGUCCAAUUGGACUUGCUGGCGUCUCUGGCAUGAAGGGUGAUAAGGGACCACGCGGUCUGACCGGUAAUGAUGGUAUGCCAGGCGCUCGAGGACCUCAGGGUCCGCCUGGUUUGAUGGGCCCCAAGGGUGACGUUGGACCAGCUGGCUUCCCCGGACAGGACGGUGUUAAUGGCAUGGAUGGCGAGAAGGGUAAUCAAGGUCUGCCUGGUUUUGACGGACCACAAGGUGAGCCUGGUGAUGCUUCGGAGAAGGGACAGAAAGGUGAGCCAGGCUCAUCCGGCCUACGUGGACAAGAUGGUAUGCCUGGAGCACCUGGUCUUACUGGUGACAAAGGCUUGCCUGGCAUUGCAGUGCAUGGCCGCCCAGGAGCUCCAGGUGAGAAGGGUGACGCUGGACGCGAUGGUAUCUAUGGCAACGAUGGUGCUCCUGGUGAGAAAGGAGAGCGUGGCUACCCAGGUCAAACUGGUCCCAAAGGUGAUAAGGGCGCUAUGGGCAUGAAUGGCGCUCCAGGUGCUCCAGGCAUUGAUGGAAAGCCCGGAACAGCUGGUCAACCCGGACCCAUAGGAUAUCCCGGUCCCAAGGGCAUUAAGGGCGAACGUGGUCUCGCUGGUGAGCAUGGAAUCAAGGGCGUUGCUGGUUUGGCUGGACGUCAAGGCUAUCCGGGUCUACAUGGCGAGAAGGGUGACAAGGGUGAUCGCGGUUACCCCGGUCCAAAAGCUGUGGUAGAUGUACAACUUGGUGAGAAGGGCAUGCGUGGUUUAGAUGGAGCUCCUGGCAUGCCCGGACCCAAAGGCAACAAGGGUGAUCAAGGACCCAUGGGAUUCGCCGGCGAAAAGGGCGACCGUGGAAUGACAGGACCAGCAGGCGCACCAGGCUUGUCUGGAAGCCCCGGUCUUAAAGGUGAUAUGGGACUUCGUGGCGAGAUGGGCUACCCUGGACCCGUGGUCAAGGGCGAGAAGGGUCUUCCUGGACGUGCAGGCAAAAACGGACGCGAAGGCGCUAUUGGCCGUCCUGGCCAGAAAGGUGAACGAGGUCUGCCCGGCUUGCCUGGUAAUGAUGGCUUGGUGGGUCUACCUGGACCUAUUGGACCCAUGGGCAUGAAGGGUGAUCGCGGCGAGACAGGAAUGCCUGGUAUUGAUGGCAGCGCUGGCUUGAACGGAGCUCAAGGUAUGAAGGGCGAUAUGGGCUAUCCUGGAGCAAAGGGUGAUCGCGGCUUGAACGGAUUUGAGGGACAAAAGGGCGACAAGGGCGAGCAGGGCGUUUCGGGUCCACCCGGCCUCAAUGGAUUACCUGGCCUCAAGGGCGAUGUGGGCUUGCCUGGCAUGGACGGACAUCCAGGAUCAGCAGGACCUAUGGGUGAGAAGGGCUUCACUGGCCCCAAGGGACAUGAUGGACGCGAUGGUAUGCCCGGUUUACGUGGUCAGAAGGGUGAGCCGGGUCUAGUGCCACCACCCGGACCCAAGGGCGAGCCCGGUCAUCCUGGACGUGAUGGUCAGAAGGGUGAAAUCGGUAUGCCUGGCGAGCGUGGUCUCAUCGGCAUGCAGGGCGAUCGCGGCGAGAAGGGCGAACGUGGUCAAAUAGGCCUUACUGGUGCACCUGGACGCAUGGGUAUCAAGGGUGAACGCGGCGAGCAAGGUCUAAUUGGUGUGGAAGGCGCUGUUGGUGCCAUGGGCUUCAAGGGUGAACCCGGACAGCCUUGCAGUACUGCGCAGGAUUAUCUAACCGGCAUUUUGGUGACACGUCACAGUCAGAACGAACAGGUGCCACAGUGUGCGCCUGGACACACUGAGCUCUGGACAGGCUACUCGCUAUUGUAUGUGGACGGCAAUGACUAUGCGCACAAUCAGGAUCUCGGCUCGCCGGGCAGCUGUGUGCCGCGUUUCUCCACUUUGCCUGUCAUGUCCUGCGGCCAGAACAAUGUCUGCAAUUACGCCUCACGCAAUGACAAGAGCUUCUGGUUGGCCACAUCCGCACCUAUACCCAUGAUGCCGGUCAAUAAUCAAGAAAUCAGCAAAUAUAUAUCACGUUGCGUGGUCUGUGAAGCACCAGCCAAUGUUAUUGCCGUGCACAGUCAAUCUCUGGCCAUACCCAACUGUCCCAACGGCUGGGAAGGUCUUUGGAUCGGCUACAGUUUCCUCAUGCAUACGGCCGUGGGUAAUGGCGGUGGUGGUCAAGCACUGCAAUCGCCUGGCUCCUGCUUGGAGGACUUCCGUGCCACACCGUUCAUUGAGUGCAACGGCGCCAAGGGACACUGCCACUUCUAUGAGACUAUGACGAGCUUCUGGAUGGUCACUCUGGAGGACGGCGAUCAAUUCUCGCGGCCUGAGCAGCAGACCAUUAAGGCCGGUAAUCUGCUGUCGCGCGUCUCCAGGUGUCAAGUCUGUGUGAAGAACUCAUCAUAAGCGUACGGACGGACGCACACAUGCGCAAUAAUUUUAAUCUAACUGUAAUGCCCUUAACUUUACCAACGAGCAAUGUACACACACAAACACACACAUACAUACGAGAACCAACACUGCUACAAAAUUCCUUAAAAACUAACCAAUGCCAAAAAA